AUGGCCACGUGCUACGCAUCGCCCAACACGACGUGCUCGACAGCCGUUUGGCCCACUUGCGGGUACAGCUGGCUGCUGCAGACCCCCGUCGUGCUCCUCUGGGGCGUGUGGCUCAUGGGGGGCGGCCGGCUUCUGCUCUAUUACCAAUAUGCUGCGCGGGGCCUUCACUUCAAUGCUACCACAGUUCACGAUCCGCUUGCCCAAGGCAAGGCGAUCGCGCUCUCACAGCGCAAGGCGCCGACGACGUCGCGUCGACGGCUCCAGCGCUACAUGAAGCUCGGGGCGAUGUGGGCCGAGUGGCCGUCGCUCUCCGGUCGCCUCCCCAACAACAUUCGCGCGCUCACGUUCAGCAGCGCCAUGUACGCGUCACUGGUCGUCCUCGCGUUUAUUGGCGCGUCGGCACCCAUCACAGACCUUUACUACGCCCUGACGCCGCUGCCGCUUCUCUGGCUCACCGUGUGGCGUCUCAACAACCGACGCGCAUUGCAGUUUCACAUCCCCGACAAGAGCAUUCUCGGACUAUUGAGUGACGCGACGUCGUCGACGUCGCGGGCCGUCGGGACGAUCGCGGCGCUGUACAUGGAUCCGUCCAAGUUGCAUCCAUCGGACCUAGCCGCGGUUGUGAACUAUAUCGAGAAGAUUGCUCAAGGCAAGGACCUUUACACACGCGUGUAUGCACUGCGCAUCCUGUGGUUUCUGCACCUGGAGAGUUUUUGCAAGCAACGCAGCGUCAUCGGCGAGAUGCGGCGGGAGAUGACGAUAUUCCCCGAGCUCUUUGUCAAGGACAGGGACAAUAUUGACCGCACGUCCUUGCCUCGCCGCGCCGGUUUAAGCCUCGAUAAGGCUAUCAAGUUGGGUCGACGCCACACCUUGCGCGACGCUGGGCAGCGCAUAUCGUCGUCGGUCACCGACCUCCACGGGAGCC